CUACUCAACUUAACUUGGAAAAUGUCUCCAGUGUGGUGGUCUUUGAUCCCUCUCUUCUUCUUCCUUCAAGCUCCGCACCUCUGCAAUGGAGGCAAGACGAGCACGUACGUGAGAAAAGGUGAGCCCGCCGAAGAGUUAUCCGUCGAAAGUUUCCCUCCGCCGCAGGGUUACAAUGCACCGGAACAGGUUCAUAUCACUCAGGGAGAUCACGAGGGGCGUGGCGUCAUCAUCUCCUGGGUGACGCCGGAAGAGAAACACCCUAAUUGGGUCAGGUACUGGAAGGCGUCGGUCCAGGGCUCCAACGGCAAGGAGGCGGCGACGCCGAUCAAACGCCGUAGGUCUUUUGCUUAUUCCAGCUCCGUUUACAAAUUCUACACUUACACUUCCGGCUUCAUUCACCACGCCGUCAUCAAAGACUUGGAGUUUAAUACGACCUACAAAUACGAAGUUGGAAAUGGAAAUGUUAAUCGGCAAUUCUCCUUCACAACCCCUCCAAAACCAGGACCUGAUGUUCCUUACACCUUCGGCAUUAUCGGGGAUUUAGGGCAAACAAAAGCUUCAAACCAGACUUUGGAACACUACGUAGCGAAUCCAAAGGGUCAGACGAUGCUAUUCAUCGGCGAUCUUUCUUACGCCGACGAUCACCCUAACCAUAACAACGUGAAGUGGGAUACAUGGGGCCGCUUUAUCGAGAAGAGCGCUGCGUAUCAGCCCUGGAUUUGGACCGCCGGCAACCAUGAACUCGACUAUGCUCCUUAUCUCGGUGAAACUAUUCCAUUCAAGCCAUACAUGGAGAGGUUUCAUGUGCCUUACACAGAAUCUCAGAGCACAUCUCCUCUUUGGUACUCCAUCAAAAGGGCAUCAGCUUACAUAAUUGUCCUGUCUUCUUAUUCUGCAUAUGGUAAAUAUACUCCACAGUACAGUUGGCUUGAGCAAGAACUCCCAAAGGUGAACCGUUCUGAGACUCCAUGGCUGUUUGUUCUUGUGCACAGUCCAUGGUACAACAGUAACAACUACCAUUACAUGGAAGGUGAAACCAUGAGAGUCCAGUUUGAGCCUUGGUUUGUUAAGCACAAGGUUGAUAUUGUGUUUGCGGGACAUGUCCACUCUUAUGAACGCUCUGAAAGAGUAUCUAACAUAGCAUAUAACAUUACAAAUGGGAAGAGUUACCCAAAGAGGGAUCUUAGUGCUCCAAUAUACAUUACCAUUGGUGAUGGAGGAAAUAUUGAAGGCAUUGCAGACAACUUUUCAAUACCCCAACCGGACUACUCGGCUUACCGGGAAGCGAGUUUUGGGCAUGCGGUUUUGGAGAUAAAGAACCGGAGUCAUGCGUAUUACACGUGGCACCGCAACCAGGACGAUGCAGCCGUGGCCGGCGAUGCCACUUGGAUUUACAACCGAUACUGGCUUCCCCUUGACGAGAGCCGCCACCACUAG